AUGAGAUACGCUAUCGCUGAACCGAGCGAGUACCUAGUGCUCACUGGAGCCGGAAUUCCAGAUAUCGAGAUCUGCAAAAAGGCCUGGGUGAUGCCAUGGCAGCGGUGCGCAAGGAUCUCCGUUAUGCCGUUUGACUUCUCCCUCAGUCUCCAGGCUAUGACCAUCGAAAAGCUGCAGUUCUCCCUUCCUGCAGUCUUUACUAUCGGCCCAGAUGACCAGAUGAUAUCCCUCAAGAAAUACGCCCUUCUACUUUCUGGGACUGCCGAACGUCAACAAAACAAGGCGGCACCUGAUGCUAAUCUGAGUACUCCCGCAACCAGAAACCAUGUCCAGGAUAUCGUGAAGGGUAUCAUUGAGGGUGAAACUCGCGUGAUUGUUUCGAGCAUGACCAUGGAGGAGAUCUUCAAGGAGCGUCAGGUGUUCAAGUCGAAAGUCAUUGCCAACGUUCAAAAUGAACUGGCCCAAUUCGGUCUGAAAAUUUACAACGCCAACGUCAAGGAGCUUCAGGACACAAAGGGCAGCGAGUACUUUGCGUUCUUGAGCCGAAAGGCUCAUGAGGGAGCUCUGAACCAAGCCAAGAUCGAUGUCGCAGAGGCCCGGAUGAGAGGUGAGAUUGGUGAAGCCGAAAAGCACGGCCGGACAAAACAAGAAAUCUCCAAAAUCGAUGCGGACACUGCCGUUCUGGAGACAAAGCGCAAGGCUGAAAAGGCAAAGGCCGACUCAGAGCUCAUGAACCGCCAGACAGAGCUUGAUUCCCAGGUCCAACUCGGCAAGAUCACCGCUCAGCGUCAGACAGAAGCGAGGGAUGCAGAAUUGCUGAAACAGGUUGAGACCAAGCGGGCUGAGACAGAACUCGAACGUCUUAGGGCUAAACAAGUCACAAAGAGUAAGGUGGAACGAGAGUCUGCUCAGCAAGCGACGGACGCCCAGUACUAUUCCAGCACCAAGGCUGCAGAGGCAAAGCUGUAUGAGGAUAAGAUGGAGGCGGAUGCGAAAUUUUACCGUUCUAGCAGAGAUGCAGAUGCCGCCUUCAAUUCGAAGAAGCGUGAAGCUGAAGGAGUACUGGAAAUGGCCAAAGCUUACGGCGCCCUCAUUGAUGUUCUUGGCGGUCCUCAAGCCUUCCUUCAGUGGAAGAUGAUUGAGACCGGCAUGUACGAGAAACUGGCUGUAGCGAAUGGUAACGCUGUUCGAGGCCUUCAACCCAAGAUCACCACAUGGAACACUGGCGGUGACGGUGCGAAUGGUUCUGGGGAUUCAUUGGGCCCCAUUCGCAAUAUCAUGCAGGGUCUUCCUCCUUUGCUCAGCACAAUCCACGACCAAACUGGAAUCAAACCCCCCCAAUGGUUUGCUCAGAUGCCGGAUGACGCUCAGGAAGGAAAACCAAACACCGCUGCCAACAAGUUGAAUUAA